GUUGCUAUGACGAUGCUGGCAAUGGCGCGAGGUUCUGAGGAUAGGAGAGAGGACGAAGCUGAAGCGGAGGCGGAGGCGAACGGCGAGGUGGACGUCGUCGGCGUUGAAGAGGCCGCGCCGGUCGACCUCACGAGGCGACUCGGGCUGACGAGGCCGCCUGACCGUCCCGCUAUUGCGUUUUCGGUUGAAAAUAUUCUAGACCCUACCAAGUUCACUGGUCGAUCGGAAGUCCCGCUUCGGUAUGACGAGACGUACUGGAGGCCGCAUUAUGAUAGAGAUGACAGCGAUUCCGUCAAAGAUCACCUUCAGCACUCGGACCUCGAAGCUGAUGACGUGGAAACAGACGACCAGACAUCUAACAUGGAUGACGACAUUUUAACACAAUCCGACCUUGACGAAAAUGGGGAUCCAAAGAGCCCAACGAGUUCCAGUUCGAAGAAGUGUAAGAAUGGUUCCUCUAGGGACUCUAAAGGGGGGACAAAGCCACGGAGAGCUAGAACGGCAUUUACAUAUGAACAGCUAGUCUCUUUGGAGAAUAAAUUUAAGACGACAAGAUAUUUAUCUGUGUGUGAACGGCUCAACUUGGCGCUAAGUCUCAGUUUGACGGAAACUCAGGUCAAAAUUUGGUUUCAAAACCGUCGAACAAAGUGGAAAAAGCAAAACCCUGGGAUGGAUGUGAAUAGUCCCACCGUACCCCCACCUCCAGCGGGGGCUUUUCCUUCUGGCCCUUAUCCCGGAGGCCUCCUCUACUCACACGGUGUACCCUAUCCAUUCACCGGUCCAGGACCCUAUGCGCCGUACUUCCACCAUUUAGCCACAAACCAUCACCACAGCCACGGGUCCUUAGGUCACUCCCACACGUGAUUAUGGCAACGACCAGGGUCACAAGACCCAAGGGUCGACACGGACA